UAGUAAUAUAAGAUCAUGAGUUAGCAGCAUGACAUACCUGCUGUAUACCACUCCUGGAACAGUUUAUUUGACAUGUACUGGCAUUAUACUAUAAUAUUAUAUAGUGUCAAUUGCCCUCAAGUACUCUUGCAAAGAAAGAAAAGCUGACUAUAUAAGACUGUGUGUUUUUAUCACUGUGCAACAGUGUGUAGAUGUGCAGUGCUCUAUGCCGAACAUGAUGAUGACACGAAGAUGAUGAUAAAUAGACCUGCGAAGAUCAUAAUUGUCCUGGAGUACUGAAGUACCACUCCACUUUCCUGUUCUACAAGAUGUCUGUCCUACAAACAGCUCUACUUGGGAUUCCACUACUAUGGAUGCUGAAACGGGUUUUCUUCUCCUACUUGUGGCAGGACUUUAUGUUCUUUCUCAGAGUAAUCAACAACGGGAGGAAGACAUAUAAGGAAGUGCAACACUGCCCAGCUUUUGACAUGGUGGAUAUGUUUUUGAAACAGGUGUCAAUAAGACCAGACCAGACAUUUAUUUUAUACCAAGACCAGUCCUAUACCUACAAGGAGAUAGAUCUGAAAAGCAACCAAGCGGCAUGGGCUUUACGCCAAUUUGCAAAGCUGACAAAAGGGGACUGUGUUGGCAUCUUCAUGGGUAAUGAGCCUGCAUAUGUCUGGAUUUGGUUGGCACUAGCCAAAUUAGGAUGCCCAAUGGCUUGUCUGAACUACAAUAUACGUUCUAAAUCCUUUCUUCAUUGCUUCAAGUGCAGUGGUGCAAAAGUGCUUAUUGCUGCUCCAGAACUGAAGAAUGCUGUGGAGGAAGUGUUACCUGCUCUGGCAGAGGAAGGAGUGCUGGUGUUUUAUCUGAGCAAAGAAUCCACCACUGAUGGAGUACACAGUCUACUUGACAAAGUGGAAGCUGCUUCUGAAGAGCCAGUUCCUCAAUCUCUUAGAUCAGAUCUUACCCCCAAAGCACCAGCUUUGUAUAUAUACACAUCUGGAACUACAGGUCUCCCUAAGCCAGCUGUUUUUACUCGAAACCGGCUUUUGUCAAGCUCCAUGUUAGCUUCGUUCUCUGGAGUUACAUGCAAGGAUGUAUUGUAUGUACCACUGCCUUUGUAUCACAGCUCUGGUCUGUUAAUUGGGGUUCGUGGAUGCAUUCAGCAAGGAGCAACCUGUGUAUUAAGGAAAAAAUUCUCAGCCAGUCAGUUCUGGGAUGACUGCAGGAAAUACAAAAUAACAGCUUUCCUGUACAUCGGGGAGGUACUACGAUAUGUAUGUAACACUCCUAAGAAGGAUAAUGACAAAGAUCACUGUGUGCGAAUUGCUGUGGGGAAUGGUCUCCGACCCGAUGUCUGGAAAGAGUUUAUCCAUCGUUUUGGUGAUAUCAAACUAUAUGAAUUCUAUUCUGCAACAGAAUCAAAUACUUUCUUCUUCAACUACUCUAGAAAAGAAGGAGCAAUUGGCAGAUGUAAUAUGUUCAUGAAGUUUAUUCUUCCCUUUGAACUGAUCAAAUACAAUGUGGAAGAUAAUGAACCAGUUCGAGAUGCAUCGGGGCACUGCAUCCGAGUACCAAGAGGUGAGACUGGGCUGCUAAUUUCAAAAAUUACUGUUAGAUCUCCUUUUAUUGGAUACGCAGGAGAUAAGUCUCAUACUGAGAAGAAGAGACUUCAAAAUGUAUUUAAAAAGGGAGAUUUGUAUUUUAACAGUGGAGACUUGCUGAUGAUAGACAAAGAAGGGUUUGUGCAUUUCCAGGAUCGUAUAGGAGACACGUUUCGUUGGAAAGGGGAAAAUGUGUCAACUAAUGAAGUGGCAGACAUUGUACGGCAGGAGGAUUACAUUGAAGAGGCUAAUGUCUAUGGAGUUCAUGUGCCUAAUCAUGAAGGCAGGAUUGGAAUGGUAUCUAUCAAACUUAAGGAAGGACAAUCAUUUGAUGGGGAAAAAUUGUACAAACAAGUAGCUGAUUAUUUACCUGCAUAUGCAAGACCUUAUUUUGUGAGAAUUCAAGACACCAUGGAUGUUACAGGGACCUACAAGCAGUGUAAAGUGGAACUCGUCAAAGAGGGCUUCAACCCACUCACCAUUAAAGAUCCUCUGUAUUUCUUAGAUGACUCUAAUAAGCGAUAUAAGCCAAUGGAUUCCAUGACUUACAAUGCCAUUUUGCAGAAGACAUUAAAAUUGUAGUAUGAUACAGUAGAUAGAUCAAAGCUUAAUUACAAAUUCACAACUUGAAUAAACAUUUAACAAUU